AGCAAAACUACUCUGUACAAGAAAUCGAAGCACUUGCAAUCGUAUGGGGGAUAAAGAAGUUCCGGCCAUUCCUAGAGUAUGGCCACUUCACAGUGUUCACAGACCACUCUUCCUUGCAGUGGUUGCUGAGAACAAAAGAGGAAAAACAAGGAAGACUGGCCAGAUGGGCUUCAGAACUGCAAAGCUACUCCUUCGUGGUGAAGUACAUCCCAGGCAAGUCUAACUUCGUUCCUGAUAUGUUGUCUCGCAAUCCUCUUCCAACCAUCUCGGCUAUAACGUCUGCCGAUGUGACCAUCAACUGGGAAGCUGAACAAACCAAAGACCAGCAACUGCAGCGAGCGAUAACAGACUCUUCCGCCAACUUUGUCCAAGACAAGAAUGUGUGGUACAGAGUGGUCCAACACCCUCGCUCUCCCAAGCGCAACCGUCUGCUGUUGGUUAUACCAACUCAUCUUCAACAGGAAGUGAUUCGCCUGAAUCAUGAUCCUCUGUUCUCCGGCCACCUUGGUGCACACAAGACGUACAACCGCUUCAAGUCGUAUGCUUGGUGGCUCAAUGCCAAACAAGACACACUCAAGUUCGUCACCUCGUGUACCCAGUGUCAGCAAGCCAAAGGUCACUCCGACUUUAAUGUGUUACCGCGACAGACAACAGGCGAACGCCCGUUCCAGCGCGUUGCAAUGGACUUGUUCGGCCCUUUGCCACCUUCAGACUUAGGUAACCGGUAUGUUCUAGUCAUGCAGGACACCUUCACUAAGUUUGUGGAGAUCUACCCACUGGUCCGCGCCGAUGCUCCUUCAGUUCUCGCUACCAUCGUCGACCAUUUCAUUCCUAGACAUGGUGUGUCCAACGAGUUCCUCUCAGACAACGGCCCACCAUUUGACUCGUCCUUCGUCCAGUCCUUGGUGAUCAGGUUGGGCGGUUCUCACAUUUUCUCUCCGGCUUAUCACCCGCAAUCCAACGGGUUAGUAGAACGAAUGAUGGGCACUCUUCGUACGAUGCUGACCAUCUUUUGCACUGGAGCUAACUGGGACAAGCACCUCCGCCAACUUCGCUGGGCUUACAACAGCAGUUACCAUCCUACAGUGCAGGAUAGUCCAUUUUUUCUUUGCCACGGCCGCGAUCCACCUACGCACUUCGCUGCGAUCGUUCCUGGCUCUCUCGACACCUUCGAACACCUAG